GAAAUAAAUCAACCUGUUAAAAAAACGUUAAUCGCAAAAAAUAAUAAUCCUCCUACUCCUGUAAAUAAGGUUAUUAAAAAACCAGAUGAAAAAGUAGGUUCUUCAAAUACAGAUUCACAAAAAAAGAGCGAUGGUACAGAUGAUAAAUCUAAAAAGGAUGGUCAAGGUACUGAUAAAGCAAAAGGCACAAAUGCAGAUAGUAAAUCUAAAAAUAAUGAUGAUAAUAAAUCAAAUGUACAAAAAUAUGGAUACUUCUCGUGGUUAUGGAAAUACUUUCAACCCAAAAAAACAGAAGUCAAAAAAUAA